AUAGCUGCUGCUACUGGUCGGACGGGAGGGGUCGGAAUGGACGCGAAACUGCGCAGUGAGGGAAGCCAGAGGCUGGGCCCGUCCGACGCUGAAACCUGGCAGGUCCUGGUUGAAGGAGCGGGGAGGGCAGGCACUCCGGGUUUGCCUGACCACGGGCCGGCGCUGUCUGGUGGCCCAGUGGUCUGCGCUUCGGCACCUUCUGGAUCCCGUAGACACCCAACCUUUCCAGGACUCUGCGCCCUUGGCGUUGGCCUGGCCCUGGGCAGGGUGCGGGAGUCUUGCAGAAGGAGCCCACCACCUUCCUUAACAGGUAGAAGAGACCUUCGAGCCCUGGGUUCAGUGAUGUUUGAUAUGGUUCCUUCCAAGAGACCCCAGGACUUCCUAUCCCAUUUUUUAAAUUGACAUUCUAAAAAUCAUUGCAUCACACCAACCUCAGAAAAACAUGACUGGGAAUUUGCUGAACAUGUUGAAAUUAAGAACUGUAAGUUUUAUUUGUAGCUAUCAUAGAAACUAAAAAUUUUAUGUGCCGAGAUCUCAUGGCUAUAAAGUUUCAGUAAAUGUGAGCAAGAUUUCUGCUUUCUCCCUUUAUGUGCAUUAGAUUUGGCACCUGCUUUUGGUGUUUUAGCAUUAAAGAAAUGAAGUUUCACAGCAACUGCAGGUUAGUGAAGAGGACUUAUUUGUAAAGCGUGAUAAAGGAAGUUUUUUGGAUAUUUGACUACUUUUACCUUUUGUAAAUUUAUGAUAUUGGUGGGACUCAGGAAGAUUGAAUCAGAAGAUGAGAUUUACUUUGAAAUUUUUUCUUAUUUUUUUGGGCAGAAAUAAUGUUUAGGAGAUGAGUAGCAAACAAAACACGAUAGCAUAUACUUCAAGAGACCAACUAAUUAUGUGUUUGUAGAGUUAAGUGGGGGAGGGGGGGUUACUAUUCUGUCCUUUGAAUGCCCAGUAGUUAAUGGCAUUUGCUGUAAUGGGACUGUUGUUGGGCCACUGGAGAAAGUGUCUUCUGCAAGUUACAGAGAAGAAUUUAUGGUAUGGGUGUCUGGCUAUUGUGGUAAAGAGGUCAAUCUAAAUAUCUUUGUAGGCAGAGGAUUAAUUGGGGAUGUAGCUCAAUGGUAGAGCGCUUACCUGGUAGGCAUCAGCCCCUGGGUUCAAUUCCCCAGCACCACAUUCACACCCUGUUGCAGAAAUCUGGAAGGAAUACUCACAACCUAAAGAUUGCUUAUGUGUUCACCUCUUGUAUUAUCAUAAUGAAACAUUUGUUCAACAACUUAAGCACAUCAGAUUUUAUGCAUGACAAGUUUAAAAGAAAAUUAUAAUUGUUGCUCUUCAGGAACAUUCCCAGAAAAAGUGAAGGAGUAAAAUAAACAUAAAGCUUCGAAGUUUAGGAAGUUCAGGGGUUCAUUUUAUUUGUAGUGGGAUGAAUAGGAAGUGGAAAUGAAAGAAAAGGGAUUAAGAAAAAUGAGCACACUUAGGUUCUAUAUUAGUUUAUUUUUCUUUGCUGUAACAAAAUCCUUCAGGUAGCUAACUUUAGGAAGAAAAGAGAUUUAUUUUACUUACAGUUUCAGAGGUUCAAGAAUUUGGUGUCUGUUAACUACUCAGUUCUGGUGAGAGGCCUCUUGGCUGCAUCCAUUCCUGGCAGAUGCAGCACCGAGCAGGAGCUAGCAAUCAGGAUAUAGGAAGCCAGAGAGCUGGGGUAGGGCCAGCUGAGGUUUUUUUUAACAACCCUUUCAGGGAAACUACCAAAGAUUCUAUAAGAACUACUUUAAUCCCUUUCAAGAGCUGGGCCUGCAGACACCUAAGGAUCCCCAUGAGGUUCCCAUCUCUUAAAGAUCCAACCACCUCCUAAUAUCCUCACCUUGGGAAUCACCUCCCAAUACAUCAGCCUUUGGGGAACGUUCAACCCUUUAUAGACUGUAGCAAUGUUCUAACCAGAAACAAUAAAUAGAGGAAUUAUAAUAAUUACAUUCAGCUUUCUCAUAUUUAGAAUCUAAGCCAAAGAUGUUAAAUAUAUGCACCAAUAGUGGAGUGGAAUAGUUGCCAGAAAUGUGUGUUCCUGGAACAGGUCUAUCUUAAAAACAGACUGUUCUGGGGACCUGUAUUUCAUCUCAUUCUUUCUAUGAAUCAGGACUUAGAAAGACUGUUGGGUCUCCUGAAGUUGUCCUCUUAUUGGUGGUGGGGACUGUAAGCCUCUGAGGGCUUGACAGGCUGAGGGAUCUGCUUCCAAGGUCACUCAGGAGCUUCUUAUCCCCCUAUCAUCAAGCAAUCUAUUUUAUACUUUCCAGUUAUAAAACACAUUUUUACUGCCCUAUUUGUGUAUAUAGUCCUAGUCAUAAAUUUUGACACGGUUAUUUGUAAUCAGUAAGUUUUCCUAUUUACCAUCACUUUAAAUUUGCAUCUUUUAAAUAUAUGAAGUAAUUGAUUUUUACUUGUGACUAUUGUUAGCUGUCCAUUCCUUUUAAAAUCUGAACUAAUGAAAAAUCCAGGGUAAUAGUUAAAUAUUGUGCUCGUAAAAAAUAGUUUCAUGAGUGAAAGAAGAUGCAAUACAGUGGAUUAUAGAGACAUAAUGAAUUUUCAGUUAAGUAGAUAUUAACCUUUUAUUUUUGUCUGCCUUCUGGGGUGAGACUACAGGUUCUUGAAAGAGGUAUUAUUCCUGCAGCUGCUGUGACUCUGUGGCUUGGCCAUUAAUUCAAACUUUCUGUGUCUCAGUUCCCAUCCAUCUAAGUGAACAAUAGCAUUUAUCUUUGGUUCAAGGGGAUAUUUUUAUAAAUUUUAUAUGCUUUAAAUCUUUAAACACAUUAACUUCUUUAUCCAUUGAAGGGUCAAAUGUUUCUUUUUUUUUAAUUUUUUAUUGUUGGUUGUUCAAAACAUUAUAAAUUUCUUGACAUAUCAUAUUCCACACUUUGAUUCAAGUGGGUUAUGAACUCCCACCUUCACCCCAUACACAGAUUGCAGAAUCACAUCAGUUACACAUCCAUUGAUUUACAUAUUGCCAUACUAGUGUCUGUUGUGCAAAUGUUUCUUUAUUUUCUAAAGUAGAUACAAUGAUUAACAAUCAUAAUUUUGGGCAUUAUACAUCCUGAGGUUUAUAGAAGGGAUUCGCAAUCUUUUAAUGGAAGUACCUUUUACAUUUUGUUCAUAUGUUUUAGUUGAAAGUACCAGAAGAAUCUAUAAAAUAUAACCCAAUUUUAGUGCUUUAGAAAAUAUUUUUUUAUUGUUGUAAAUAACUAAGAAUUUAAGGAUUGUUGUAGGCUCCAUUAUCAUUAAUAAAAUAGUUUUUCUCUGCAUAAGGAACCUAAGUUUAUUUCAUGCAAAGAUAUAGAAGUCUUAGUACAGACUUUUUUUUUUUUUUUUUGGUGGGGGGUACUGGGUAUUGAACCCAGGGAUGCUUAACCACUGAACCACAUCCCUAGUUCUUUUUUGUAUUUGAUUUAAGGAUAGGGUCUUGCUGAGUUGCUUAGGGCCUUCUUAAGUUGCUGAGGCUGACUUUGAACUUGUAAUCUUCCUGCCUCAGCCUCGUGAGCCACUGGAUUGCAGGUAUGGGCCACUGCUCCCUGCAGUGCAGAUUUUUUAUGUAUCAACUAAUAUUCAACAAUGAACAAGUUUUUUAUAUUGUACGAAGCCGGGUUCAGUGGUACAUGCCUAUAAUCCCAGCAGUUCGAGAGGCUGAGGCAGGAGGAUUGUGGGUUCAAAGCCAGCCUCAGCAACAAUGAGGCACUGAACAACUCAGUGAGACCCUGUCUUUAAGUCAAAUACAAAAUAGGCCUAAAGAUAUGGGUCAGUAGUCGAGUGCCCCCUAAGUUCAAUUCCCAGUCCCCACCUCCACCAAAUUUUUAACUUAUGAGAUUGUACAUAGUUUUUUGUUUUUUUUUUUUUUUUUACUUUAUGAUGGAACUUUAUUUCAUUUAUUUAUAUCGAACCAGUGCUUCACACAUGCUAGGCAGGUGCUCUACCACUGAGCUACAACUCCAGCUCUGUACAUAGUUUUAUUAUUAUGACUAAUAUUAUAUAUUUUACUCUUUUUAUUAGUACAUAUUUACAAUGUCAUAAAUAUAUUUCAAUUUUUUAUUAUACUUUUAAGAGGCUGACUUUCUGGCUUUAAGUUUUUAAAAUAGCUUUACUAGUUUUAUGGCUAUAAUAGUAAGACAUUGAAAAUUUUUAGAAAAUAAAAAAAGGAAAAAAUUAUCAUAUUUGUGAUCCCAUCACUGAGAAACAAACCAAAUGAACAACAUCCUGAUUUUAGUACAUCUAAGUGCUAUAGUUUGGAUCAGGAGUGUUCCCAAAAACCAUCUAUUAAAGGCUUGGUUGCCAGCCUGUGAGCCUUUUGAGAGAUGGUGAGAACCUUUAGGAAAUGGGACCUAUUAGAGGGAAGUUAGGUCAUUGGGAGGAGUUUGUUUGAAGGUGAUACUGGGACCCUGGCCCCUUCCUCCUCUUUUUUUUUGCUUACUGACUACCAGGAGGUAAAUAAGCCUCCUCCACUGUGUACUACCACCACAGUGUCCUUUGCUGCCACAGGCCAAAAGCAACAGGGCCAAAUGACUGUGGACUGAAACCAUGAGCCAAAAUAAACUUUCUUUUUAUUAAGUUGAUUUUCUCAGGUAGUUUGUUGUAAUGUUGAAAAGCUAAUAUAAUAUGUAUGUAUUUAAAAAUAAAACUAAUAUUUUAUCUACUAUUUUAUAGGCUGUCUUUUAAAAUGUAAUAUCUAUUACCCAUUUUUCUAUGUACACAAAUAUGGGCAUAAGGGUUUUUUUUGAUGUUGUUGGUUUGUUCUUUCUUUUUAUCUUUUUCUUUCUUUGCACUGGGAAUUGAACUCAGGGAUGUUUUACCACCGAGCAACACCCCCAGCCCAUUUUAUUUUAUUUAUUUUGAGACAGGGUUUUGCUAAGUUGCUGAGGCUUUCCUCAAACUUGCCAUCCUUUUGCCUUAGUCUUUGAGUUGCUGGGAUUACCAGUGUGCACUACUGUGCCUGGUGGGAAUAAGUAUUAUUUUUAAAAAUUUUUAUACCUUUAUUUAAUUUAUUUAUUUUUAUGUGGUGCUGAGGAUUAAACCCAGGGCCUCUCAUGUGCAAGGCGAGCACUCUACUGCUGAGUCAUAACCCCAGCACCAAAGGAAUAAGUAUUUUUUUAAUAGCUUUAAUAUGUGGAAUUUAUUCAGAAGUUAUGUAUUUUGGAAAUGUAUAUUGUUUUUAACUUUUCCUGCAAACAAUACUAUGUUUAACUUCUUUGUAUAGCUCUUUGCAUUAAUCUAAUUUUUUUUAUGACAAAGACCUAGAAUUGGAAAUGCUAAGUCAAAAGUGUUUGCUCGUUUUUAUUGGUUUUUGAUAUGUAAUCAAAUCAUCUACUAGAAGGGAUUUUUUUUAAAUAAUUUUUUAGUUGUAGAUGGACACAAUACCUUUAUUUUAUUCGUUUAUCUAUAUGUGGUGCUGAGGAUCGAACCCAGGGCCUCACACGUGUGAGGCAAGUGCUUCACCACUGAGCCACAACCCCGAAUAUAUAUUCUUGCUAGUAAUCUGUGAGAGUGAUCAUUUCCUCCACUACUACCAAAACAAGAGUAUUAGUAAUCUUUUGUCAAUUUUAUGUUGACAGAUUUUAUGUUGAAUCACAUUAAGAUGAAGGUGAAAUAUUUUGAUUUUUUUUUUACUUUUUGUAUUUCUUAUUUUUCUAAAUUGCCUGUUUAUAUACAUAGCCCAUGGUAUUAUUUAGAUACUUAUUUUUCUUACAUGAAAUCCAUGGGACAAAAUGUAGCCUGCAUCAGCCUCUCACCAACUUCAGGGUUUUUUUUUUAAGAGUCAUUUAUUUUAUUUUUAAAAAUUAAUUAAUUAAUUUUAAUUAGGUAUAUAUGACAGCAGAAUACAUUUUGAUUCAUUGUAUACAAUUGCAGCACAACUUUCAUUUCUUUGGUUGUAUGCAGUAUAGCGUUGCACCAUAAUUUGCAGUCCUACAUGUACCUAGGGUAAUGAUGUCCAUCUCAUUCCACCAUCUUUCCUGCCCCCAUGUCCCAAUCCCUCCCCUUUGCUCAAUCAAAGUUCCUCCAUUUUCCCCAAUCCCCCCCACAUUAUGGAUCAGCAUCCAUUUAUCAGAGAGAACAUUCAGCCUUUGGUUUUUUGGAAUUGGCUUACUUCGCUUAGCAUGAUAUUCUCCAACUCCAUCCAUUUACCUGCAGAUGUCAUAAUUUUAUUCUCCUUUAAUGCUGAGUAAUAUUCCAUUGUGUUUAUAUGCCACAGUUUCUUUACCCAUUCGUCUGUUGAAGGGCAUCUAGGUUGGUUCCACAGUUUUGCUAUUAUGAAUUGAGCUGCUAUAAACAUUGAUGUGACUGCAUCACUAUAGUAUGCUGAUUUUAAGUCCUUUGGGUAUAGAUCCAGGAGUGGGAUAGCUGGGUCAAAUGUGGUUCUAUUGCAAGUUUAUAAAGAAUCUCCAUAGUGCUUUCCAGAUUGGUUGCACCAAUUUGCAGUCCCACCAGCAAUGUAUGAGUGUACCUUUUUCCCCACAUCCUCACCAACACUUAUUGUUGUUUGUAUUCAUAAUAGCUGCCAUUCUGACUGGCGUGAGAUGAAAUCUUAGAGUAGUUUUAAUUUGCAUUUCUCUAAUUACUAGAGAUUUUGAAAAUUUUUCAUACGUUUGUUGAUUGAUUAUAUAUCUUCUUCUGAGAAGUGUCUGUUCAGCUCCUUAGCCCAUUUAUUGAUUGGAUUGUUUGUUUUUUGGUGUUUAGGUUUUUGAGUUCUUUAUAUAUCCUGGAGAUUAGUGCUCUAACUACAAAGCUAUAGUAACAAAAACGGCAUGGUAUUGGCACCAAAAUAGACAUGUAAACCAAUCGUACAGAAUAUAAGACACAGAGACAAACCCACAUAAAUACAGUUAUCUCAUACUAGACAAAGGUGCUAAAAACAUACAUAGGAGAAAGAUAGCCUCUUAAACAAAUGGUGCUGGGAGAACUGGAAAUCCAUAUGUAGCAAAAUGAAACUAAACCCCUAUCUCUGACCAUACACAAAAUAAACUCAAAGUGGAUCAAGGACCUAGGAAUUACACCAGAGACCCUGUGCCUAAAAGAGGAAAGAGUAGGCCCAAAUCUUCAUCACAUCGGAUUAGGCCCCAACUUUCUUAACAAGACUCCUAAAGUGCAAGAAAUAAAAUCAAGAACUAAUAAAUGGGAUGGAUUUACUAAAAAGCUGCUUCUCAGCAAAAGAAACAAGGAGGUGAAGAGAGAGCCUAUGUUUUGGGAGCAAAUUUUUGCCACAUGCACCAACUCCAGUUUUAAUGCUGUGGGGGAUCUGCAGGAAAGGCUGACACUUUGACCUUGGAGCUGUGUAGGCCCAGGUUUUGGAGACCCUAAAAAAGAAGAUCGGAUGGGAGCUGAAGGAACUGCAGUUCCAGCUGCUUCCCCACGCCAACAAGUGAGCUCAGAUCAGCAACAAGAUGUUCAUAUUCCACAGUGCGACCUGCACCAACCUUCAAACUAAAAAAUAUGACUACUCCUUUCAGGUGUCAGGCAUAGUGUCUCCUGUGGCCCUUACUACCCAGAACUAUACAAGGAAGGGAAAUAUAAGUCCAGUUCAUCUGAAUUGACAUAAUACAAAGCCACCAGAACUCUAGUCAAUUGAUUUUUGUAUUUAUGUGUGAAUUGGUUUUUAUUGGUUUGGGAAAUGUCACUAUGGGGUUUGACCUUUCUGUACCAGGAAUGCUCAUUCUAAUCAUCCUGAGACGGUUUUUGGAACUUUUUUUCUUUUUAUUGGCACUGCUCUUGCCACCAGCAGCCUCUUCAGGCCCACUGCUGACCCACUCCUCCUAAGAAGAGAAUUUCCGCCUUUUCUUGGAGAUACUCCUGCUGCCUGCCUCUUUUGGAUCACUACCUGUUUCCUCCUUGGACGAAGAUUUCUUCCUUUUGGGAAGACUUGUGCUGCCAGCUGCCUCUGCAAGAAAAUUGCUAUUUUUCAUCCUUUAGUAAAGAUUAAACCCAGGGGUGCUUAAUCACUGAGCUAAAUCCCCAGCUCUUAUUAUUUUUGGUAUUGAGACAGGAUCUCACCAAGUUGCUGAGGCUGACUUUGAACUUGGGAUCCUCCUACCUUAGUCUACUGGGCCUCUGGGAUUAUAGAGAUUCAGAACAUCUAUUCUUCAACCCCGUCGUCCCCUAAAAUCAUACACAGGUGUUAUAAAUUCUAAGGGUACUAGAAAUGAAAACAAGAAUAUACUGUUUGUUCCUAAUGGCUUUUAGUAUAUAUUAACAUAUUGUUUAUGAUGGCAUCUGAGACUGAGAAGACUCAUGCUUUAUUGCAGUCUUGUAGCACUGAGUCUCUUAUUUCUAGCCUUGGUCUGGGGAUAUUUUGCUUAGUAGCUGACAAACUUCUUCAAUUUUCCAUAAUCCAACAAAAUGACUGGCUUCGUGCCCUCUCAGAUAAUGCAGUACAUUGUGUGAUUGGCAUGUGGUCAUGGGCAAUAGUCAUUGGAAUCAAGAAGAAGACUGACUUUGGAGAAAUCAUUUUGGCUGGAUUUUUAGCCUCUGUUAUUGAUGUGGACCACUUUCUUCUAGCUAGAUCUCUGUCUUUAAAGGCAGCUUUGAGUCUUCCACGAAGACCUUUCUUUCACUGCUCUACUGUGAUACCCAUUGUGGUUCUGAUCCUGAAGCUUACUAUGCACCUUUUCAAGCUCAGAGAUUCAUGGUGUUUUCUUCCUUGGAUGUUAUUCAUAUCCUGGACCUCGCACCAUAUUCGAGAUGGAAUUCGUCACGGCUUGUGGAUGUGCCCUUUUGGAAAAACUUCUCCUUUGCCAUUCUGGCUUUAUGUGAUAACCACAUCAUCUUUACCUCAUAUCUGUUCAUUUGCUAUGUAUUUAACAGGGACCCGACAAGUGAUGUCUUCAAAACAUGGAAUUCAUAUUGAUGUCUGAUGUAACUACAUGGCUCAUAGAGAAGCAAAUGGUUCAGAUGAUGAUAAAGAAGGGUAGCCAACAUUAAAGUGAAUUUUUAAAACACAGAUACUUAUAUUGUUUAAUUUUUAUAAUUUUUGAGUACUUCUUGCUCAGAAAGUUAUCUAUAAUUUUCUUAAAAAUUUUAUUUAUAGUGGUUGGGUAUGGUGGCACACACCUAUAAUCCCAGCGACUUACAGGCUAAGGCAGGAGUAUCACAAGUUCCUCAAUUUGGCAAGACCCUUUCUCAAAAAAAUAAAAGAGUUGAAAUAUAUAGCUCAGUGGUAGUACAAUCCCUAAUACCAUAAAAAAAUUUGUUCUAUAUCUCAUAUAUGUCACUCUAGUGCAAUAUUAGACUCUUACUUAUGCCAUGAUAUGUUUUUAUUGCUGCUUGUGUUUCUGUGGCUUUAUUAGUAGUUUUGUUAGAUUGACAUCCAGUUAGUUGUCUGGGAUUAUACUUGUAAAUUAGUCCAUUUCCUGAUGAAAAGCUUAAAUUUUAGGAUGACAAUUUUAUGGAAAGUUAACCAUAUUUGGGUCUACUUUUUCUUGAAAUGUUGAAACAAUGAAGUGACCAAAAUAAAUGAGAUUAUGAAUAAGGUGCAUUGUGAGGGCUAACAUGUAUUUGUUUCACAUAUAUCAAUUCUGACAGAAACUUAACUUUUAAAGUACUUUAUGAGUUAUGAUUACUGGCAAAAUCUGAUUCAGAGCCCUCGUAAGACAUAACAUUCAUAAAAGACAGUGGCUCACAUUAGACCUAGGUUAUGAUUUCAGAAAUCAAUUUAAGAUAUAGUUAUAACAUGUUAACUGUAGUUACAUUUACUAAAUUUAGUAUCUUCACUCAAGAAUCUCAUGUUAGUGUUUUAAAAAACAUAACCAAAUUUAAAAAGACGUUUGUUAACAAAUAGCAUUAACAAAAUUCUGGUACAUAUCAUUUUAAAGGUAAACUCCUGAUUGUGCCAUUAAAAUAGUUUUAGUUGCUAUCACUUUGUCUAUACCCUGUUCUAAAAUAUUGUACUAAUUAAAUCAUCUUUUUAAAAUCUUCCUGAUAUUUCAGGGAUAUAACUAUUUUUUCUAAAUAAAGUAGUUUUAGGAAAUUUGCUUUUUCCCUUGUUCUUUCAGAUGGAUCUUCUACUAAAUGAUUACUAUGUAUUACAGGAGGAAAAUUUAGUUGCUAUAGACUAUAUUUCCAUAGUUUCAUGUUACUUUGAUAUUAAAGUCAGUAUCCCAGAGGAAACCUUUUCUUUGUGACCUAUGUGCCAUCUCUUAUCUUCAGAUUUUCUUACAGAUUUGUGAAUUAUAAUGCUAGCGAUGUGUGCCUUAUUCUCCAAGAAAGCAAUGCCUUAUCCAAAGCAGAGUUUUAUUAUCUGUUAAGUUAAAGAGAACUCUCUAAAUUGUUAGAGAGGUUCAAGAUCCUCAGAGAAGUAACCAUUUUUCUUACUGUUAAAUUUGUUGCAAUAUGUUAUGUUUUACAGUCUAUUAGAUCUUAUCAUCUGUUAUUUAUUAUUUUUUAAGAGUAAUGAUUAUGUAUAUUUGUGUGGUAUAGUAGUGUACAUUAUAUAAUGGGGAAAAUUUGUUUAGAGAUUUUUAAAAAGCAUUUGAUUUAAGAAAUUCAUGGAAAUAAAGUCUUAUCUGUGUAACAUUUUCUAAAUUACAAAACCCUUCCUACUUUUUUCUUUAUAUUAAACAAAAAAAAUUAAAGGGCCUUAUUUAAGAAUUUCAUGUUGGCAUUUGGGGUAUUGUACAACUUUUUGUUAAUUAGAAUGGGAAUUCACUUUGACCAUCACUCUUUGCUUAAAUAGUAACUGGAAACUUCACGUGUGGGUCUAUCUCAGUUUUUACCCCUACUGUCAGAAACAUUCCUCUUCCUUUAAAUGGUCCCUGAAGCUAUGAUUGGAACCUCCAGGAAACCAGCAAUCAUCUCCACAUGUCACCACUUUGCUCUUGCUCCUAAUGAAAGAAUUUGUGUCAAUGCAACAUCACAUGUUGGAUUGUACUUCGUUUGCCUGCUUAUUUUCCCAUCCUCCACACAUUGUCUGUUCACUUACUGUCUGUCUCUCUGGGCUGUUUGACUGAUCUGACUUCCCAGACUGCUAUUUUCUUGAGCUAUGUUAUUCCUUCCGGCUUUGGAGAAACUGCUUCCACUGAAAAUUUUCUGCUCAUCCCCAAGUGUUGCCAACUGGUAACAGCUUAGAGUCUUCACAGAGGCCUGGGGAAGGAGCUCUGACCAAGAAGAUAACUAAGGUGAGCCUUAGAGAAAAGAGAGCAGACAGGACAAACUCGCCAUGGACCUGCACUGAUGAGAUGAACUGGGUUCAAAGGAGCUGGCUGCAACAUUAAACUAAGAAAACAGCAAAGAAAUUACGCAACACACGGACAUGAGUGUCUCAGAUCGAGUGUGGGACUGCUCUGCCAUCUUAAGGGUCAGCUUCCAGGCUGGAAGGUGCUGGAAAAAGAGAGCAUGCACACAGAAUCUCUUUAUUUUUAUAGGGGGAUGGGGACACACAAAGGAGUUUUGAGAGAAUAUUCCUCGCCAAACAAGGCAGGGGAUAAGGUUUUAAAAGGGGGUUGUCCAAUCCCAUUGGGUAAUGCCCAAGUCCAGGGCUAGAGCAAAAUUCUUUGCCCAGCAAAGGAGGUCAGUUGCUUUGCACAGUGCAUGGUGUUCAAUGCCAGACCAAACACCCUUCUUACUCAAUGCUGAGAGAGGAUGCUCAGCUCAUGGGCAGGGCGGUCUCCCACACUAAAGGUUUAUAUUUUCAACUUACCUAAAGCCCAAGGUAUUCUCAGUCAGGCCUAUAGAUAUAGAUGGGAGAACACACUUUUUAUACUAGGAGUUUCCGUUGUUGGACUUUGUUUCCCUGAGCUACUGAAGGAUGAUUGAGGUCAUUUAGUCUUGUGUUCUGCCUUCAAAUUGGACAAGCCCUGUGAUUAGCAACCAUACUUUUACAACUUUCAAGAGAAUUUCUAGUAAUUUUGCUUUUUAUAUCCGGUUGCAAAGAAAAUAGAACAGUUUUUUUUCCUUUCACAUUGUCAGUAUGCAUAAAGUCUGCAUAUACAAAGUCCAAUUUAUGAUAUAAUAGCUAUAAGGCUCACAGGCACCUUGCACAACUUUGUGGCAACCAAGAAAACAUCAGGAUGGCAGAAUAGGUGGUGCCCAAACCUCUGAGUAUGAAAUUCUGUAAAAACUUUUAGAUACCAUUGCCAUAUUUUAAAUACUGUAAGCAUAAAUAAUGAUGUAUCUUAUGCUGUAUAUUAAAUUCUCCUUUAAAAGCAAACUAUUUCAUAUGAUUGCACCAGCUAAGUAGUAAAAUGCGAAUAUCUAAAUGUCUAGAAAAUUAGAAAUUAGAAACCAGCAACAUCUUUUGAUUUGUGGAGGGGAGAAGCAGCUCUUUCUCCUCAAUGGUUGGUUCAGGGGCCAUGCUAAGAAGUUCAAUUGCAGGGAGCAAACACAGUUGAGAACUGUGCUGGUUUCUUCCCUGCUGUGUCCAGCUGAAUUUGACUAGAAAUGUACAGAACCAAAAAUAGUUGUGCUUAUGUAUCAUUUGGCAGGCAGUGUCCAAUGCUUUGUAUAUUUUGUGCCUCUUCUAGAUGUCAUUACACAUUAACAAAGAACAGGAUCUUUACCAAUGUGCCAGUGCAUCCAGCCAAAUAAUGUCAUGUUAUUUGAUCCCUGUUGUACUGACUGCAAAAUAUACAUACAGCCAGUCAGUAAUAGCAUAUGUAAUAAAUGUGCAGACAUAUUUCCAUUUGUUUUCCUGUGGGUCCUUCUCUGUGCCCAAAUCAUAAUCUUAAUAAUGAGAAAAUAUUGAACUGUUAUUGAUUCUAAAGAUAGAACCCUUAAGGAAUUCACUAAUUACUAAUUUCCUCUGUGUGAUGCAUUUUCUCUUUUAUGUGUUGAAAGACAUACUGAAUUUAAUUCUAAUGCAAUCUGCAAUGUGAGAGGUUGAUUUUUAUGCAGUUUUAUAAUGAACUUAGAGAUACUUUGUGACAGGGUUAUUUUUAACUCUUCAUUUACACCAAGAAAAGUUUAUUUCUGAUUAUUGCAAAUGAUUUCAAGUAUUGUAAUGGUUAUAUGUUUUCAAAAUAAUCUAUUUAAAUUGGAAAUCUUAAGACAUUCAAUCUAACUAAAAUGCAAAAUAAAACAAUGAGGCUUGUUUGUUUA